AUGGGCGCCGUCACCGGGAAGCUGGUGCCCCCGCUGCUGCAGCAGCUGCUGCGGCCGCCGCUGCUGAGCCACGAGGACGCUGCUGCUGCUGCUGCAGCAGGAAGGGCCGCGCAGCUGCAGGGCCUCGAGCUGCUGCUGCGGGAGCAGCCCCACGCAGUGCUGCCGCAGCUGCUGGAGCAAGCAGCAGGGCAGCAGCAAAAUGGAGCAACGGCUUCUCUAAUUGGUGCUGCUGCUGCUAUGGACCCCCCACGGCUUGCGCGAAAUGUCCCCCGCCUCUUUGGGGCCCUUAUCGCAGGCCUUUGCCAGCCGCAGGCCCUGGAGGCGGACUGCUACAUUGCUGAAGAAUGCAUGCGCGCAGCAGCAAAGCUGCUGCUGCGGCUGGACGCAGAGGGCCUGGACGUGCUGCUGGAGCUGCUGCAGCAGCAAAUGAAAGCAGCAGCGCCAGUCUGCGACCUGUCUGCUGCGGGCCGCCUGCAGCUGCUGCAGCAGAAGCCAGCUGCUGCCAAGCACCAGAGCAGCGGCGCAGGCGCUGCCAGUGCAGCAGCAGCAGCAGCAGCAGCAGCAGGUGAACGAACACCGGAUGAUCCCAUAACAGCAGAUCUGUUUUUGGACCCUGAGCUGCUGCGGCAGAACAAAGCAGUCCUUGCUUGCUGCGAGGCAGCAGCAGCAAACCCUAGGAAGCGGGAGGCUUGCUGCUGCGUGCUGCUGGCCGUUUGCUGCUGCCGCCCAGCAGCAGACCUCGAAGCCCGCAUGCAGCAGCUCUAA